ACUCGAAAGUAGUUUUUGAAAAAUAGAAUUUUUUUAUGAAAACUUGCUAGGAUUUGUCAUUUGUAUAAUAAAAUAAAUGUUUGAAAAUUAUCUAUUAUAGUUAAACGUUAAUUGAAUUCGUAUUUGCAAAUGAGAAGUAAAUCAUAGAUAUAUAUUAUGAAAUUUAUCCCAACAAAUUUAACUCGAAAUAAUUAUUAUUAUAAUAAAGACUUUUUUGCAUUUAAAAAAAAUAAUAUUGACUAUGAUUGAAUUAUGCUUUUUUUGAUAAAUAUAGAAUGGGUAAUUGAAUUAUAGGAAAAAAUGAUUCGAUUUUCUGAUAUAUAAAUGAAAAAUGAUAGUUUUUGAAAGUAAGAAUCAUUUAUUAAAAUAAUAAAUAAAUAAUAAUUAUAUAAAAUAAUUUAAAAAUAUCUUCAUCCUAUAUAUAUAAAAUAAUAUUAAAACAAUCUCACUAGUCAUCAAUUUAAAUCAAAACUAAUAUAUCUGUAUUCGAACAUAUAUUUAAUAUUUUCAUUAAAAGAUUAUUUUUAAUUUCGAAAAAAUUCCAAGAGAAAAUCUAUGUGAAAGAAAAAAAAUUGAUUCUGUUUUAAGAAGAUCAUUCAAAACGAACCAAUAGAAAUCUUCCUUUAGUUUUCUUUGUUAAAAAUAGUUUCAUUUAUCAUAUAUUUAAUGAUUCAGUAAUUAUUCGUCAUCAUUAUUUUUUUUCUAAAUUUAAUUGAAACAAGGCGUGGACUUAAUUGAAUAAUACUGUUUUUAUUUAUUAAUUAUACGAAAAACGAUAUUAAAUUUUGGUGAAUACUUUAUCUUUGUUUUCUUUAAAAUAUUUAAGAAUAUUAUGGAAGCAUUUUCUAUUUUAAUUAGAACAAUAUCAAAUAACAAAUAUUGUCAAACAUGAAUAAAUGAAUGUUUAACUUUUAAAAUAAAAAGAAUGUCUCGUUAAAAAGAAAGAGCAACGAAUAUAAACGAUGAUAGUAUAUAUAUAUGUAUAUCGUGGUUAUUUUGUUUUCGAUUUGUUAAUUAAAAUAAUAUGUUCAAUAUUAGAGGUUUCUAUUUAGUGUCUGUCUAUCUAUUAACCUAAUGUUUGUUGGUUUGACUAACAUUAUCAAGUGAAUUAAAAAAAAAAAGAAUGAACAUUAUUGAUAAUUUUCUUGUGUUUUUUCUUGUAGAUGAUGACUUCAAUGAACUAAGUCAAACAAAAGUACUUAUUUAUUUGUCGAUUGAAUCGAUUUGCGAAAAAACGCGAACGAAAGACAAAAAACAAAUCUAAAUGUAUACCAAUAUAAAAAUGAUUGAAUUGUCGUUAUAAUAAUAUGUCAAUGAACAAACACAGGCAUAUAUGUUAUUGAAAAAGGAAUUACAAAUAAAAACAAUUUCAAGUGUAUUUUUCAAUAGAUUUUCUUUUACCUGAUUUAUUAAUGUAAGUUUUUUUGAUUUAAAUCAAUGCCAAUCAUUGUUUUUUAUUAUUUUAGAACAAAAAGAAAGCAAAAUAUUAAUUAAUGAUGAUGAAUCAGUUGGAAUGUUAUAUUCAAAAUUAUGUCUUUGAUUUAAAUAUGGAUAUGGAACCAAACUUAGAUGCAUGGCGUUCAUAUGAACAUAUUCGUAAUUAUUAUGUGUUAGAAGGCGAUCAAUUACAUUGGUUAGCUGCAUCAUUAUAUGUAUCAUGUAGACGAUAUCUUCAUAUAACAACAUAUAAUAAUAAUCCAAUAUAA